GCGCAAAUGUCGAAGUAAAUCGUCGUAACCUCCGGGAUCCCAUUCUCUGUCCGAUAGGUAAACUCGAGGCGAGUUGCUUCAGUUACCUGUCACUUUGCAAUCCACUCUCGCAGUUUCCAUUUAUAUUCAUAUUUUAUAUCGGUUUCUGGAUCACCAACCCGCUGCAUACAUCAAGUACACGCUCUGAAAAAUGGCAUCGCUGGCGCCAAUGUUGAGUAAGGAUGUGCCUGAUAUCGAAAAUAUAUUAAACAUCAAUCCAAAGACUAAAAUUCACGCAAAUCUCAUUCCAUCGGCGCACACCAAACAGAACAAGCAGCAUUGGAAAAGAAACAUCCAUGAGAAGUGUAACAGUUGCGUCUCUCUGACAAAAAACUUUGACGACAUCAAACACACUACCUUGAGCGAACGCGGAGCUCUAAGGGAAGCGGCACGUUGUUUAAAAUGUGUCGAUGCACCUUGCCAAAAAUCCUGUCCCACGCAACUGGACAUCAAGUCCUUCAUCACCUCGAUUUCCAAUAAGAAUUACUAUGGCGCGGCCAAGGCGAUCCUGUCGGACAAUCCUCUUGGCCUUACUUGCGGCAUGGUUUGUCCAACUAGCGACCUUUGUGUGGGUGGAUGUAAUCUUUAUGCGACUGAGGAAGGACCUAUUAACAUUGGUGGGCUUCAGCACUUUGCUGUGGAUAUUUUCAAGCAGAUGAAUAUUCCUCAGACUAGAAUACCUAAUCAAAGAGUCCCUCAUGCAAACACGAAAAUUGCUCUGCUUGGAUGUGGACCGGCUUCUCUAUCGUGUGCAACAUUUCUCGCUCGACUUGGUUACAAUGAUAUUACGAUUUUCGAAAAAGAAAAGUAUGUCGGUGGAUUAAGCUCUUCUGAAAUACCGCAAUAUAGACUCCCGUACGAUGUUGUUAAUUUUGAAGUGGAUCUCGUCAAAGAUUUAGGAGUGAAGAUUGAAUUGGGAAGAUUGCUGUCUAAAAGUGAUUUAACAAUACAGGGUCUUCAAGACAAAGAAUACAAAGCGAUUUUUGUAGGUAUUGGAUUACCCGAGCCAAAGAAUAUGCCGAUCUUUGAACAUCUCACGCUAGAAAUGGGCUUUUUCACCUCAAAGAGUUUUCUGCCCGUUGUUGCGAAAGGUAGCAAGCCGGGGAUGUGUGCUUGCAAGAGUAACCAGGAACUUCCAUCUCUUUGGGGCAACGUGAUCGUUCUCGGUGCGGGAGACACCGCUUUCGAUUGCGCCACUUCCGCUCUACGAUGUGGUGCUAGAAGAGUCAUUGUUGUUUUCCGAAAAGGCUUCACCAACGUGCGGGCUGUCCCAGAAGAGAUGGAUCUGGCAAAGGAAGAAAAGUGCGAAUUCAUACCUUUCCAAUCGCCGAAAAGAGUCAUCCUUCGCAAUGAGCGGAUCGCCGCAAUUGAAUUUUGCAGGACCGAACAGAAUGAGAAUGGCGAAUGGAUAGAAGACGAAGAGCAAAAGGUCAUUUUGAAAGCAGACUUUGUGAUUUCAGCUUUUGGUUCAGGACUGUACGAUUCUGCUGUGAAGCACGCCAUGGCGCCGAUUAAAAUGAACAGAUGGAACUUGCCGGAAGUGGACGAGACGACAAUGAUGACUUCUGUGCCAGGUGUGUUCUGCGGGGGCGACCUUGCGGGUGUUGCUCAGACAACCGUGGAAUCCGUAAAUGAUGGAAAGACAGCUGCAUGGUACAUUCACAAAUACAUACAGGAAUUGUACGGUUUGACGGUGCCGGAAACUCCGCAAUUACCAAAGUUUCAUACUGCUGUUGAUGAUGUUGACCUCAGUGUUGAGGUAUGCGGAAUGAAAUUCGAGAAUCCAUUCGGUCUUGCUUCCGCGCCACCUUGCACCUCCAGCGCGAUGAUCCGGCGAGCUUUUAAGGCCGGCUGGGCCUUUGCUAUCACAAAAACCUUCUCCUUGAACAAGGAUCUCGUUACCAAUGUAUCGCCGCGCAUCGUCAAAGGCACUACGUCUCGUCAUCAUUAUGGACCCGAACAGGGAAGCUUUUUGAACAUCGAAUUGAUAUCCGAGAAAACCGCCGAUUAUUGGUGCGGCAGCAUUACUGAACUGAAACGAGAUUUCCCGACAAAGAUCGUCAUUGCGAGUAUCAUGUGCACAUAUAACAAAGUUGAUUGGACGGAACUAGCGAAAAAAGCGGAAGCAGCUGGUUCUGAUGGCUUGGAAUUAAAUCUAUCCUGCCCGCAUGGUAUGGGUGAGUCCGGAAUGGGUCUGGCCUGUGGACAAGACCCUGAACUUGUUAGAAACAUCUCCAGAUGGGUUCGUGAUGCCGUCAAGAUACCGUUUUUCAUAAAACUGACACCCAACAUCACGGACAUCCUUUCCAUCGCCAAGGCAGCUUACGAGGGCAGAGCCUAUGGCGUUACCGCCAUUAACACGGUAUCAGGAUUAAUGGGAUUGCAUGCUGAUGCGACUCCAUGGCCAGCGGUCGGCCUCAGCAAGUGCACAACGUAUGGCGGAGUGUCGGGCAAUGCCACCAGACCCCAAGCCCUGAAAGCUAUCUCGACGAUCUCGAAGCAUCUUCCGGGAUUUCCAAUACUCGGUACCGGCGGUGUUGACUCAGCCGACGUCGCUUUACAGUUCUUGCAUUGCGGUGCAUCAGUGGUCCAGAUCUGUAGCGCCAUUCAGAACCAAGACUUUACAGUGAUAGACGACUAUGUGACCGGCUUGAAGGCAUUACUAUAUUUAAAGAGCUUAGCGCAGGUGAAGGACUGGGACGGUCAGAGUCCACCAACGUUCAAACACCAGAAGGGCAAGCCCGUUUCCUUGCAACACGCCCUUGGCAAAAAUGUACCGUAUUUCGGCGAAUAUCAAAAGUUGCGCGAGCAGAAGAUAGCUGAGCUGAAAAUGCACUCGAAUCCCUUGGACGAGGUUGUCAAGACGAUGCGACCAGCUCCAAGAUCAAUCGGGCCGAUACCUACUGUCAAUGACAUAAUCGGCAAAGCAUUACUUCAUAUCAGCAACUACAAGGAAUUGGAUAACAAGAAACAAGUGGUCGCCUUAAUCGACGAUGACAUGUGUAUAAAUUGCGGUAAGUGCUACAUGGCUUGUGCGGAUUCCGGUUAUCAGGCGAUCGCCUUCGACCCCGACACCCAUAUCCCGAGAGUGACGGACGACUGCACUGGAUGUACACUUUGCUUAUCCGUCUGUCCGAUUAUUGACUGCAUCACUAUGGUCCCAAAAGCAAUUCCACAUGUAAUUAAAAGAGGUGUACCGCCGAAAAAUGUGAUUGAUAUUUAUUGAACGACAACUCCACGUUCUUGUCCAAAGAGAAUUACGAUAUCAUCACUCUGCGUACAAAUAAUUAAUUAUCGAAUUAUUAUUAGCAUCAUCAUAAAGAGAAAAUAUUAUGUGUGUGGUAUACAUGUAAUGAAAUUAACGAUAGCUCAACAUUAUAUAAUUAAAUAGUAUUGAUAAUUAUCCUAAGUAUGUAGUCGGUGUUAUUAAUAAACAUUUUAAUUGAAGAAA